AUGGACAGCUUGUACCAACAUUUCCCUCUCGAUCCUAGGUCAAUCCGUAUAAUCGUGCUUGAGCCUGCUUCCGAUCCUUCCAGCGACAUCCAGUGCGGUCUGCACAAGGCGAGCCUAGAUUAUGUACUCGAUUUCGAAGCCCUUUCCUAUACCUGGGACGGCCAGACUCCGGAAUGCCCCAUAAGCUGCCGAACUGUGGAAAACCUCAAUGAUUUUCCCUCUACUCCAUUCAGCACCAUUCUAGUAACGCAGAAUUGCGUCGACGCCCUACGCGCCCUGAGGCGGCAGUCCGGCCGACGACUUCUGUGGAUCGAUGGAAUCUGUAUCAACCAAGCUGAUAUCGACGAGAAGGGUGUUCAAGUUGCGAUGAUGGGCGAGCUCUACGGGGCAUGUCGCGGUGUCAUUGUCUGGUUAGGCAACAAGGAUGAGGCAGCAGAGCGUGCAUUUCGAUUCAUGUUAGAUAUAGGGGGAGCCAUGGAGAAUAUGGUAUCGAGACAGAGGGCGUCGGAACCCACAAGCGCUCAAGUCCCUCUUGCCGAGGACAUAGAGCUACAUGAAAGUCUGAGAGAGAUGCUUCAAAAUUUGCAGCGAAUGUCCAAAGAGCAGUAUAAUCCGGAGUCAGAAAAUCCUUUACGACCGCUACUCAAUCGAUCGUGGUUUCACAGAAUGUGGACAGUUCAAGAGGUGGUCCUGCCAGCACAAGGUGAUGUUACGUUUCAGUGCGGUGAUUUAAAAGCGUCGUUUCCAACACUACGGUUUGUGGCAACACAGAUCGAGGUGGCCAAAUUCACAAAAGUCGGAAUCCAAAGCAGCAUGAAAUUACAACUAGAACUCACUGAUGCGCUGGCUAGGAGGAGACUGGAUGGCAUGGAUGGAGAUCAGAAUUCGGAUGCGGUGAAGCAGGGUUACCAGAACUUCACAAGGACAAACUUCAGCCAUAUUUUACACAUGUACAACCAGGGAGACGGAAACAGAACGUCCAAGAUCAAGCUCUCGGCCAUCCUCGAUGGUGCGCGCAGAAAAAGGGUCACGGUACCAGCCGACAAGGUUUUUGCGCUGUACGGCGUGUUCCAAGAGCUCGGCAUACCGAUGUCUGCACCAGAUUACCGCAAGCCAACAGAGGACGUUUUCCACGACGCAGCAGUUGCCUCAAUCUCGAGUGAAAAGGCACUGGAUGUUAUUUAUCUCGCCGUAACCAAGACGCGGAGAGAAAACCUGCCGUCUUGGGUGCCGGACCUCAUGGACCACGGCUUUGGAAAUAUGGAUCCCCGGAACUGUACUGAGGAUGUCAAACGCUUUACGGCCGGAAGCUCUUUGCCGCCAGCAUGGGAAUUUUUGCCCUCUCAUCGUCUGCGGGUCUGUGUGAAACUCGUUGAGACGGUAACCAAGAGUUUUCCUUCAUUCGAUGUGCAUGUGAAGUCCUUGCAGGGUCAUGAAGAUAACCUAGAAAAGCCGUCGACAAGUCAAGCAAGCCUGGCUCAAUUACACAAGGCUCUUACACUCUUGAGGGAGUGGGCCGAAGCCGUCCGAGGUCAUGCUGCGAGUUACCCGUCCAGAAAGGACAUGGUGAUGUCGUUCCUCAAGGUCCUACUCCACGACGAAAAGUCGUGCGUCAACCACGCUGAAGAAGAGGACCGCUUUGACAAGUGGUUCUCCGUUCUAGAGAAGGAUGAUGUGGAGCUGAUGCGCUCAAGUAUCAUGAAAAAUGGGAAGGAGAUGUCCAAGGCGAAGCUAGCCAAGGUUGCAGAGUAUCAGGGUUCAUCAGUCUUGAAACAGUUGAAAUCCUGGAAAGCACAAAUGAGUAAUGCGUUCGAGGAGCGCGAGAGGAGCUCCAAGAGCUUCGCGGUUGGUAUGCUUGGGCACGUCGGGAUGCAAAAUGUGACGUAUCCGGCCAUGGAGCCCGUGCUGCAAUUACAUUUGGCGAUCCUGCGAUUUGCGCGCCGCCAGGCAUUUUUCACGACAGAGACGGGCCGGUUCGGCUGCGCACCGGAUUUCAUCGCGGCCGGCGCGGUCCGCGAGGGUGACAGGGUCGCAAUAAUCGCUGGCUUGAGCCUGCCAUUUGUGCUACGUCCACUGAAGAGAGGAGGGUCUGUGCGAGAAACAGAUGAGUAUGAGCUCAUUUCGCAUUGCUAUCAGGAUGGAAUUAUGUAUGGUGAGGCGGUCCACGGAGACGGUACGGAACUCCAGGACGUAGUGCUAGUGUAA